UAACGAAUUGGUAGCAGACAGCGUUACGGAAGGCACAGGGCAGCAAGGUUGCAUACGGAUAGCGCAUUGUUGGCCCCAAACGCUUGAAAGACCCCUGGACGACAAAAAGCUUGUGAUUAGUGAUAGCUUCGUUCUUCAUUUGCCAGCUCAUCCCUUGUCUUCCACAUUAAUUGUGGCACGGUACAUCAAUUCCCUACUUCCCGUAACUCGAUAAAAUCCGAGAUGGUCACCUAGCCUCUCCUAAUUCUUCAUUCAUGGACUUCAUCCUCUCCUCUCCGUGGACGAAUACUGCAAUCGCUAUCCUAAUCGUGCUAAUCACGACCACCACCAUCGUGACAAUGGGUGCCUUCUCGAGCAAGAACCAGAUGCCCGUCGAGGGCAAGACCAUCCUCAUAACCGGUGCCUCCGAAGGCAUGGGCCGCAGCGCCGCCAUCCAACUCGCCGCGAAAGGCGCCCACAUAAUCCUCGUCUCCCGCAGCGCAGCGAAGCUCGAAGCCGCGCUCGCCGACGUCCGCGCCGCCGCACGAAACCCAGAGAGUCAACGGUUCACGUACAUAACAGCGGACGUAUCACAAGCAGACUACGCCGCCCCUCUGCUCGCCGAGGCCGUAUCCUGGAACGAAGGGCGGGCUCUCGACAUCGUGUGGUGCGUAGCAGGGACAAGCGCGCCAGACUUCUGGCUGGAGACGCCGCUCUCGCUCACGCGCUCGCAGAUGGACAUCAACUACUGGGGCGCCGCAGAGAUGGCGCACGCCGUCCUACGACAAUGGUGCGCGGCCGACGCGCCCGUGGUCCCGGAGGCGAAACACCUGAUCCUGACCUCGUCCGUGCUGGCCUUCUUCCCCGUCGUCGGGUACGGGCCGUACACGCCGGCGAAGAGCGCGCUGCGCGGGCUCGCCGACACGCUGGUCCAGGAGCUGGAGAUGUACCCGCAGCGCGUGCGCCUGCACGUCGUGUACCCGGCCUCGAUCGGCAGCCCGGGGUUCGCGCGCGAGAACAUGACGAAGCCGCAAGUGACGAAGCAGAUCGAGGAAGGGGACCCCGUGCAGACGCCCGACGACGUCGCCGCCGCCGCCAUACGCAAGCUCGAGCAGGGCCAGUACUUCGUCACGAGCGCCUUCCUGGGCCACCUGAUGCGCUGGGGCGCCUUGGGCGGGUCGCCGCGGAAUAGCUGGCUCCUCGACACGCUGAUGUGCUGCCUCAUGCCCAUCAUAUGGAUAUUCGUGCUGCCCGACAUAUACUCCAAGAUCAGGAAGUACGCUAAGGAGCACGGUCAUCCUGCCACUUACCGGACUAAGCAUAUACAGGAUGCCAAGAGCUAGGCUAGGAAGAAAGGGAGUUGAGGAACUUUGCUUCGCCUUGUGAAUAGUAUCUUGAGCUUGCCACUUCUCGUCUUGAGCCUGAUGCGGUACCUACCUACUUAUAGAGCAUAUCAAGCAUAAUAUAAUAAUGAUACCCUACUCAGGACGCGAUUCACUUAUAACCUUUGCAUUUAAAGAUUGACUCUACUUGAAGGUAUAGCCACAGCUACUUGUUUCGUAGUAGGCUUGCUGUCUUAUGGAGGCAAAUGGUUAGGCAUGAAGACUUGCAGACUCCGUAUGUAGGAUCAGUCAAAUAGCGAGUGGUUUGGAAGUCAAGGGAGGAUACCUCUUGAUCGUCGAAUGACAACAACGUAGCAUACAUACAUAGGGACCGGCUAGACGAAUAGUUAACAACGACACCUAUAUCCAUAGUUAAGACAGUGGGCCCUAAUUUCGCAGA